AUGUGUAUGCACGACCACCAAGAGAGCGCGGGUUCAAACUCGUCGCCCAAAGAGGUGGAACCAUUCCCUUGGCACAUCGGAGUAUUCGAUGCGCACAACCACAUCGGCGAACGCGUUCACUCAAUAACAGAUUUACCAACCAUGAAAUCCCGAAAUUUGGCAAUCAUGGCGACGAGAACACAAGAUCAGCCUUUAAUCGAAGCAAUUGUCAAGGAGCAUGGUGUCAAAGGCCCAGAGUGCUUUUCGCAAGACAAAACGACUGUCGUUGCAGGCUAUGGAAGACAUCCAUGGUUCUCGCAUCAACUCUACGAUGAUAGUGUCGAGAAUCCUACCUACGUAGCAUCUGAUGAUAUCGAAGAAGAGAAAGGAAGACACUAUAAAGCUGUUCUUUCACCACCCCCCAAAAACCCAGCUUGGUGGAACCAGGAGCCCGUGCCAAUCGCUCUUUCAACCUUCAUCGCGGAGACGAGGACACGACUUCUGCAAGAUCCAUUCGCUAUGGUCGGUGAGAUCGGUCUUGACAAACCUUUCAGACUACCAAUGCACUGGCCCGACCGAAGACCAGAAAGAGAUCCCGCACGUACAGAUGGCGGACGCGAAAGGAGACCACUAAGUCAACAUCGCAUCACCAUUCCUCAUCAAAAAGCUGUAUUUACGGCGCAUCUCAAACUUGCCGGUGAACUUGGAAGACCUGUCAGUGUACACGGUGUACAAGUUCAUGGUAUUCUAUACGAUGCUUUGACAGAGUGCUGGAAAGGCCAUGAAGUCAAGGGCCGUCGGUCAAGGGAUAAAGAAAAGAAAGCAAACCCCAACACAGAGGACGAGGGUAUUCCAAAGCCCUAUCCUCCGAGAAUCUGUCUUCACUCAUUUAGCGGCAAGUCAGACGCCGUGAAACAAUAUCUCAAGCCAUCCAUCCCAGCCAAGAUCUUCUUUUCCUUCUCCAAAGCAAACAAUCUGUCAUUUGGAGCGACGGAAAAAACGGAAGAUGCGGUGAAAGCAGUGCCUGAUAAUCGGAUCCUGGUUGAGAGUGAUCUACACACUGCUGGAGAGAGGAUGGAUAGUGAGCUGGAGGAGAUGUAUCGUGCGAUAUGUGAUGUCAAGGGAUGGAACUUGGAGCAGGGUGUUAAGCAAAUAGCAGACAACUACAAGGAAUUUGUUCUCGGAUAG